AUGGUUGACUGGUACAUAUAUGCAAAGGAUUAUUCAGGAUCAACCUCUAACAGUGCCUUUUACCACUCAAACGGUCUACAAACCUAUUAUAAAUUUAAAGAAUAUGUUGAUAAUAUUACAACACCGAAAAAGGUGGCAUAUUUACAUUGGGAUGGCAAUUGUGUAGAAGUUACUGAAUCUCAAUGUGUGGAAGAUUAUGAAAAGAAAAUUGGUCAAGGUUAUACGAGCCCAAAAACAAUAAUUCAGUGGAUUAAAGACAAUGCUGUAAAAAGUAUUAAAUUAUUAUACAUUAUUACCGAUGGCUUAAUAGAUUCAAAUUCGGUUGACGCAUGUGUCGAUGCAAAUACUGAUAUUCGUUACGAAGAAGUUGUAUUUUAUGCAUUUAAUGAAAGUCAAGAGCUCGACCUUUCUGUAGUCGCUCCAUUUUUAAGGGAAAAAUGUAAAAUAUACAAUAAUAAUGAACUUAUGGACAACAUCGAUAUAUCCGAGGACUUUGAUUAUGAUUCGAUUAACAUCGAUAAUUUUAUGCAUGAACUCGAAAAAAUACAAUCUUAUAUAAGAUUAAAAUUUAUUCUUACGAAUAAUCAGGCUUUGAAUGAAAUUGAAAAAUUAAAAGUCUUGAGACGUCGAUUACUUGAUGAAGCCGACGUUUAUGAACGACGUAAAACGGCUAAUGAUUUGUCAAUAAAAGAUAAAAACGUUUUAUUGGCCAAAUUAAAAAGCACAAAAUUUUAUGAAAAAUUAACCACCACUGGCGCACUAGAUUUACCAGUUCAAGUCGAUAAAUCCAUCACAACUUUAAUUAACUACAUUAACACAACAAAAAAAUCUUUUGCGUUUAAUGCAUUGAAGUGCACACGUCAAUAUGAGCAGCAUAAAAUCGAUGAAAUGGAUGUCGACGAAAAUAUCACUUUUUGUCCGCAUGAACGAAUUGAAUUUCCAGAUAUAAUUUUAUUCGCAAAGGAUGGCAUCCCUGUUAUACUAUUAGCGGAAUUAAAUCUUAUUGAACAAAUUAUUUUUCAAAAUUCCGAUGGGGUACCUAAAACAAAUUUCGCCAAUUUCUCACGUCUUAUGUCAUGCCCAUUAUUUUUUUUGUUAAACAAACAACUGGAGGAGUCUAUUGAAUAUUUUUAUACUUUCGAUGUUUACAAACAAUUAAUUGCUACGUCAACAAGAAUUGGACCUCAUACACGUAAACCUUUCGUCGGUGGAAUUGUGCUUUCAAAAGAAUUUGAUGCUUACAAUGAUUAUGUUUUAGCCGCAACAUAUUUUAACUCAAACAAAAUUCAAUAUAAUGUUGGUUUAUUUUAUUACGUGUUAUAUAAAACCUGCCAGUCGAAAAAUUGGAUGGAUGUAAAUGUUUUGUGUAAAUUCAAAGAAUAUGUAUUUCGAAGAAUGAGCGAAACAAUAUGUCGACUUGGAUUAACGUCGUUACCACUUGAUCCUCAAGAAAACGUAACAUUAACGACAGCGUUAUGGUAUUGUGUGGAGCUAUCUUCACAUUUAUUCAUGGAUGAUGAAAAUUAUUUUACUCAUGAACGUAUGCGAAUGGUUUUCCCAGUAGCCAACUAUAUCAUUGAAAUAUUGCAGUAUUUUGAAUAUGAUUUAGAUUUAGACUUAAUCAACAAACGAAUCGAAAUUUUCAAUAAUCUCAGUACAUUAAAACGCAUAUUUCCACACGAAGAAAGAGUUUAUUAUAUUUUGAAACAAAUAUUUGCGCAAGAUCCCAACGGUUUUUUAUUGGCUAAAAUUGAACAUCCUGAGAACAUUUCAAAAUUGAAUUAUUUAAAAGUAAAUCACAAAAAAAUGAUUAAGACUGAUGAUUUGACUUCCAAGGUUGAUUUGAAUGAGUUUGUUUGUAUGAUGUAUUGUAAUAUCGAAAAUAAAAAUGUUGACUUAUCUGAAGAUACGAUGCGUCCAUUUUUUGUGGUUGGCGAUCAUUCAUUUUAUGUUGAGCUUAUGAAAUCUAAUGAGGAUUUAAAAAUAAACGAUCUCGGUCAAAUAUAUUCGGAGAAAAUAAAUAAAUUGGAUUUUUCUAAAAUAUUAUCAGCUUAUAAGUUGUACAUAAAUUAUGUUAUUAACGAGAAAAAACACCCAACCUUUAACGAUUUUACAUUAUAUGUUAAUAAAAAAUUAAAAUACAAAAAUACUUUAAUUCGACUUUUUAAACCGAAUGUUGCAGAAAGUUUGCGCCGUACUUUUGAUAAUUAUCAAAAGAUAAGGGAUACGUUUCCUGUAGAUUAUUUUAUAACCAAAGCCAAGGAUUCCGUCACUAGAGUGCUGCGGAUAAAAAUGGAAACACCCAAUUUAUUUGAUUCCGAUGAUGAAAUAAAGCAAUUUAUUUGCAAUGAAGAAAAAAAAGUAAAGUAA